AUGGCGCAACGAUCUUCCAAGGACACGUUUAGUGAGGAGGUUAAUUAUAAUGCUGGUCCGCUGCCCGGUGGCAUCGUCCUGCCCACACCCGAACCGACCGACGAUCCGCAGACGACCGCCCUUAAGCUACGAGCUCUCGCUAAAGCUGUGGAGGAGGGCGCCAGCCUAGCUGUUCGCACCGGAUACAAGCGCGCAGUUCACACGGACCGCGACGCUGUCAUGAUCGCCAAGCAAAGAAUGACGCCUGCGGAGGCGGCGCAGUAUGACAUUUGGGCGUCCGGGGUCGUGAUGCCUGCUAUUGACUGGAAGGUCAGUGUGAAGGACGUCGGAGGCGCUGCCGGCUUCUUGUACCAUGCUCAAGCGAUGCGCGCCAUCUGGAAGGACAACUCAAUCACGCCCGGGAACGCGGCGUGGCUGCACUCCGAGCUCAGGGCCGCUCUUCCCCUUGUGACCGCCAUGGCCAAGGUAUUUGCUGCCCGACGAGAGCUGACUGGUGGUCAAGAGGCCCUCUCUGCAAUGGAGGUGGCCGAAUUGCAGACGGCUCGCAAAGUUGUUGCUAUUGCAGUGGGUAACCUGAACCAGGCUUCCGCCCACCUGGGCGCCAUAUCUCGUGAUAUAAAUCAUUCGCGCCAGAUCAUACAAGCUCGAGAGAAGGCCCUCAACGCGAAGAUGCCUGCAAACAGACAGAUGAAUGAAGGUGUCAACAAUGAAGGUGUUAAGAUUGAGGGGGCUUAG